AUGACGGGGACACUGGCGCACAAGCAUAAAUGCAUGGCUACGUGCAUAGCCUAUGGCGUAGCUACGCAGAUGAAGCUGCCAGUGUUGUUUCUUCUGGUCCUGCUGGCUCCGUCCUCAGCCAGUCUUCAGGACACUGUAAAGAAGAGCUCACAGCACACAAAUGUCUCCAUACUGAACCAAGGUCCAGAGGACAGGAUUCCUGAAAUCAUCUCUAACAGAACAAUGCUAACACAUCGAUUCCUUCCAUCUUCAUCUAUCUUGAGACAGAAGAGACAGGCUCAACCUCCCAACUUACAUUAUAAAAGCGCCAACCUGAAAUGGCUGACCUGGAACGGCACCCUCCCUAAAGGAUCUGUGUCGAUUUACAACGAAUAUGUUGGUCGCAUUGACUACGUCUGCAAGUACAAGUGUGAUGCCGGUUUCUACAGCCCCGCCAUGGGUUCUUACUGCCACUUCCCCUAUAAAAAGAAAGAGCUUAAAAGCAACACGUUUGAGAUUCUAGUAAACAAAGACAACUUUGAGAUCCUGGAGUGGAAGGACGGCUCCUAUGGUUCAGUGCCCCAAAAUUCAGUCAAAACCUGUUCCAAAGGGGACAUAUAUGUUGGGAAGAACGUUUAUGGUCUCGGGAAGGUACAUGUUAAGCAUAAGGCCUUCUACCUUCCCUGGGAAGGUUCUGAGUAUUGGUAUGAGAAGAGUUACAAGGUCCUGACCUAUGAUGUUAAUGUAUACAGCGAGCACAUGUCCAACAUCAAGUACAACAUGAAGAGCGUAAAAUUAUUCAAGUAUCCCCCAGAGACCAUGCGCACCUCUGCCAUCACCAAUAAUGAGUGUAAGCAAGUGUCAAAAAGUGUCUCUCUCUCAGUUACAAAUCGGCUGCAGAAAACGUGGAACAUUGGCUCUUCCAUCAGGGCUGGUAUUAAGAACACCAUCAAAGCAGGAGUCCCCGGUAUCGCCUCCGGAAGUAUUGAGAUCAGCGCUGAUGUGUCAUUCCAGUUCUCAGGAGGACAUACUGUAACAGAAGAGUCCUCCUACUCUACUUCUGUGCAGGUCACCAUCCCACCAAACCACUACUGCAGUACCCGUUUGGUGGGAUAUAAGUACAAGACAAACAUCCCUUUCACUGCACACGUCAGCCGCACCUACAGCAACGGAGAAGAAACUUGGACACUGAUCACUGGGACGUACGAAGGUGUCCAGGUUGGAGAUAUCCAAGCUGUGGUGGACCGAUGUAAACCUUUACCUAAUGCCAAACCUUGCUCCCAAAAGAUACUAAGAUAAUGUGCAUUAAAAAGUCUGAUGAAAA